CAAAUAACUGUCGCAUAUAUUCUCAAUGACACAUGCCAUUCGAAUGCAACACUGCGCACAAAUAUCGAUUGCUGCUGCCGCUGCUUGGCCCAACUGCCUGCUGUACGGCUGGCUUGUACACUUUCUGUAUGCCCGCCAGUGUUUUCGUAUCCAAUCACGUAACGUCCUUGCUGGAUGAUUUAGCCGUGCUGUUGUCAUAUCGAAUAAACGUUUUCACAUCGUUGUCCGGGUGCGAGCUAAAUAGGAGAUUGUCUCUUACUUCAGUGCGAGAUGUCGGCAUAACAGAACGUCAAAUAAUCAAUCAGUCAGCCAGCCAGCGAGUUAGUCAGCCAGUAAGACAGUGCGAAAAGUGCGUGUGACAGUGAGUCGGUGUGUCAGUUGCAGCAGAAAAGCCCGUUAAGCCUGCGUGGCAGAGUCCAAAAUUGUACCUGUGUAUGAGACGUGCCCCGAUUUGUGAAUUCACUUUGAAGUGUCACAAAUUAAGCGAACAGUUAAAAACAAAUAAUAGCAAUCACCAAGCAAAACUAAUUAGUAAAGAGCAAUAAGGAGGAAUCAAAUUCAAAGAUAAAACCAAAACGAAAUCGUCAAAUAGAAGCCUGCAAAUCGGGCUAAAAAUUUCAGUGCGUACUAAAUUCGAAACUAAAACCGCGUGAAACAACAACAAUAGUUCUGUCUUUUUAAUCCUCAUCAACAGUUUUCAACAGUUAAUCUCGUUGUUGUUGUGAAUAAAUCGAUAAUUGUAUAAUAUCAAAAGAAUUAAACCAAAAAAUGUCACCACUAAUGGAACGAACACUGCUGCUCUUGGGCAUCCUAUGCUGUUUACAGGCAACCACUGCGCUGAUGUGUUACGACUGUAAUAGCGCCUACGAUCCCAAUUGCGGUGAUCCAUUCGAGCCCUACACCUUGGGCAAGGUGAACUGCACCCAGCAGGAGGUUAAGGAGCAUCUCAAGGAUAAAUACACCAAACCAUUGCUCUGCCGCAAGACAACACAAAAGGUUUAUGGCAAAGUGCGUGUGGUGCGCGGCUGUGGCUACAUACCCGACAAGAGCGAUGAUGGCCUAUGCAUGAAACGUUCCGGUACACACGACGUGCAGGCCAUCUAUUGUGCGUGCACAUCGGAGCUGUGCAAUCAUGCUGCCUCCACAUUGUAUCAGAGCAACAAUCAUCCCAUCCUAACGGCAUUACCCUAUACAUUAGCAGCGUUCUUUGUUUGGUUUGCCACAUUUUCGAGUCAUUUCAAUAUCAAUGAGUUUGGUGCUGUGCAAAAUUCAUAAACGCGAGAUAUACAAAAGCCUACACGCAUAUAUAGUAGACAUUUGGCGUGCCAUUACAGUGUCAUACACACACACAACCACAAACACAUGCACACACCCACAAAUAUGCAUUGCAUUAAAGCGAAAGAGAGUAAGCAAAUUGCCGCUAAAAGAAACUUUAAAUAAGGAAUAAAGUAAAGUAAAGGAGAGGAGAGAAGAGGAGAGAAGGAGCAGCAAAAGCAACAAUUAACGUUUGAAAUUAUAAGUUUGUUGGUGGUUUAAGCAGUUUAAAGCAUGAAGGCGUAGUCCAGCUGGUUAGGCGUAUGUUGCAUGAGCGACCAGUGAAAUCAUAUUUACAUAACUCCAUUCAAGCUAGAAUCAAGUAAUAAACUAAAUUAAUAGAAAUUACUACGAAAAAGCAGCGAUUUGUUCAACUAAAACCGAAAGCAAGCUGCUUUACUGUAUAUGUUGCCCCUAAAAGUAUGCUAGUAAAUAUUUUUCAAUGAAACACAACGCAAUUGUCAAAGCCAGGGGAAGUUGCUGUGCAAAGCAGGUUAUGUUACAAUUAAGGCAAACCAUUCAACUUGUAAUGUGCGUGCCAGCACUGCUGCGUAUGUAUGUGGCUGUUUAAUUAAACAAUACGCAUACAUAUAUA